GUUACAAAAAGUUCUCUGAGCUGCCCGAUUUUGCCGUUUCCUGCAGUAAUUUCGAUAAAGCGUGGACCUUUUCUGGGUUUGAAGAGAUCCAAAACGUUUUUGAAGCUACCAUCCGUUUACUAAUGGUGAUCGAACCCUUUCUGAGUUCUGUGUUUGUCGGAUUCUGAAAAUUUUGGUGUUGUUGUCGUCAAUUAGUCAGACAGGACCGAAACUGUUAGGAGCAUCGAAGGGUGCAGAUGUGAUGCAAGUGAAGGAAUGAAAAUUUGCAGUUCUUUGUAUCGCGACUUUAUGCCUGCUUAGACAGUAGAUAACAGAUAACAACUUGUAGUUAUAAUACUCUGUUGAAACAUGAGAAGACCUAGUCAAAUGAUGAGGCUUCUAUUAACAUCUUUUUUCGGGGUUAUCGUUGGUUUCCUUAUGGGUAUUACCUUUCCAACCUUGACCUUAACUAAGAUGAAUCUUCCAUCGACGUUGUUUCCCUCGAUUGAUCUUGCAUACAUUGAGGAUAAAUACUCAGACAUAUCCAGACAAAGACUAUUUGGUUCUUGGUCUUCAAAGAAAGGCCUUAAACUCAAGAAUGACAUCCCUGACCCUCCCUAUAACUAUAAUGAUACGAAGAUAUGGGUUUCUACUAAUCCCCGUGGUGCUGAGAGGCUUCCCCCAGGGAUAGUCACAUCUGAAUCAGAUUUAUACCUCCGUCGAUUGUGGGGCGACCCGAAUGAGGAUUUAACAAUCAAGCAGAGGUAUCUAGUAGCAUUUACAGUUGGUUAUGAUCAGAGGAAAAAUAUAGACACGGUGUUGAAGAAGUUCUCAGAUAACUUCUCUAUAAUGUUGUUUCACUAUGAUGGCCGGGCCAGCGAUUGGGAAGAGUUUGAAUGGUCCAAGCGAGCCAUUCAUGUGAGCAUUCGGAAACAAACAAAAUGGUGGUACGCCAAGCGAUUUCUUCAUCCUGACAUAGUUUCCCCCUAUGAAUAUAUCUUCAUAUGGGACGAGGAUCUUGGUGUGGAAAACUUCGAUUCGGAAAAAUAUCUGGCGGUGGUGAAGAAACAUGGUUUGGAAAUCUCACAGCCUGGGUUAGAGCCAUAUGAAGGGCUCACAUGGGAGAUGACAAAGAAAAGAGAUGAUACUGAAGUCCACAUGCAUGCUGAGGAGAGGAAUGGGUGGUGCACUGAUCCCAAUUUACCCCCUUGUGCAGCAUUUGUGGAGAUUAUGGCUCCUGUUUUCUCCCGCAAGGCAUGGCGCUGUGUGUGGUAUAUGAUUCAGAAUGAUUUGGUUCAUGGAUGGGGUCUGGACUUUGCCGUUCGGAAAUGUGUUCAGAACGCACACGAGACAAUUGGAGUUGUAGAUGCUCAAUGGAUAGUUCAUCAAGGUGUUCCAUCACUAGGGAAUCAAGGACAACCAGAGCAAGGGAAACAACCAUGGGAAGGGGUGAGAGAGAGAUGCAGGAGAGAGUGGACAAUGUUUCAAGACAGAUUGGAUGAGGCAGAAAAAUCUUAUUUUGAAGCAUCUGCUCACAACAAUGCUUCUUCACGACAUCACGGGUAAAAAAAAAAAAUACUGUUUAAAGGAAAAGCUCUCACGCUAACUUCCAGUCUCUUUUUAUUUACCAUGUUAAUUUUCUUCUCGGAGCUGUGCUUUGAUUUCGUGUUUAUGGAAUAGAAACAGUUUAGUGGAGAGAAGAACUGUAAGCACAUUCAUUAACAUCUUAUUAGUCAAGUUUCUCUUUCAACUCUGGCAAAUCAUAUAUUGAUGAGAAUUCCGGGA